AUGGCGGCGGCGGCGGCGCAGCUGCACGGAUCGGCUGCGGCCACGGCGGCAUAUCGCCGGACUAGAGCCUACUCAGUUCCAUCCUCAUGCCGGUGGCCGCAGAGCCUUCUAGCUGGUUCCCCGAAGCUUUCGAUUUCUACAAGUGGAGUGUGUAUGAAGUCAUUUGCUUUUGCUGCUAAACUUUCAACAAAAUGUGCCAAUGAGAAUGCUCGGGUUGAAGAGUUAGAUUUGCAAUCAGACCAGAUGAAGGAAUUACAGGUGGAGGAGCAUGUUAUUCCUCGUAAGAGGAGUGCUAAAAUCCAUGACUUUUGCCUUGGGAUCCCUUUUGGUGGUCUUUUAUUCUCUAUGGGGCUUCUAGGAUACAUCUUCUCAAGAAGCACCAUAAGUCUUGUCUUGGGCAUUGCACCAGGGCUUGCCACUCUGCUACUUGGUACUCUCAGUCUAAAGUUUUGGAGGAGCGGGAGAUCCAGCUUCCUGCUUAUCUUGGCCCAAGCAGCAAUUUCUGCUUUCCUGGCAUGGAAGUACUCUCAUGCUUACUUCUUGACAAAUAGACUCCUUCCUUGGGGCUUCUACGCUUCACUAAGCACUGCAAUGGGUUGUUUCUACGCCUAUGUGCUGCUUGCGGGAGGAAAUCCCCCACCUAAGAAGUUGGCAGCCAUUCCACCGCAGUAG